AUGGCGUCCGAGGUCUCCAUGUUGGACACAGGAUCCCUGGGCAGACCUGCGCUGGACCUCCCACGCGCCCUGGUGAGCCGCGGCCUCAUCCUCUGCAUGUGGCUCACUACUCACUGCGCUGGUGCCCAGGCUGAGGGCUUCUCCCAGGAAGGGCUGGAUGCCAGUGCCAACACCUCCCUCCUGCAAGGCUUCCGCUGCCAGUCAGCCAGCCAGCUGUCCCGGGACCGGCUCUCAGCUCUGAUCAGGAGGAUGGCAUCGCAGCAGGUGCUCCUCAAAGCCUGGCAGCUCAGCUGCCUGGCCAACCUGGCCGCCCUACAUGGCCUCCAGAGUGACUUUCCGCUGCACCCACCUGACCUGCUGCUCUUCUACAACCUGGGGCACGUAAGGGAAGCCGACUGCCGGGCCUUCACCGGCCGUGCCGCCCAGGGUGACACCGAGCUGCUGGCCAACCUGCCUGACCAGAGGGCCGCCCUGCAGCACUCCGCCUUGGCCUGCCUGGGGGUGUCCCACCCACCGCGGCUCAGCGCCUCAGAUCUGCUGCUUCUCGGGGUCCUGGUGUGCGACAUGGAGGCGUCCAGCAUCGUGGCCUCGGACCCCCACGUGCUGCAGAACCUGCAGCGCUGCCCCCGGCUGACCCCUGCCCAGCAGGCUGCUCUCAACACACUGCUGACCAGCGGGAGGACCGUGCUUGGGCCCCCUAUCUCCUGGAACCUGGAGGGGUUGCAGGCUCUGGGACCGCUGGCCACCUACAUCAGCUCCAGCCUGUGGAUGCAGGUGCAGGAGGCCGUGGGCCUGGACUUCUUUGGCAGCAUGGUGGCUGCAUGUCGGGCAGGGCGGCUCAGCCAGCGUGACAUCAGGCCCUUCGUCACCAGCUUCCUGGAGGCCAAGGCCAAGUUGAUGUCCUCACGGCCCAAGCGGGGCACAGCCACAGGGCGACCCUGCAUCCAAGGCAACAUCACGGCGGCCACGCUGCAGGAUGACCUCUUCCUGCUUCACUACGACUGCUCCCAGCUCGAGUCUUGCCUGGGCAGCCGAGUGCUCAGGGCCAACGUGGACCGCUUGCUGCAGCACCCGCUGCCUACUGAGUGUCAGCGCGUCGUCAAGGCCAAGUUGGCUCGGAUCUACCCAGGCGGCAUCCCGGAAGGGCAGCUCCGGCUCAUCGCCUCGCUGGUCUACCUGUACUCUCUCGUGGAGAUCCGCCAGUGGAACAUCACGUCUAGGGACACCGUCAUGACCCUGCUGGCCUCGGACGUGGCCCUGGAGAACCAGACGGAGGCCAUCCUGCAGAAGUUCCUGGACCACAAAGGCACCAUCACUAGCGCCCUGCUUGUGGCCAUCGGGGGCUCCCGCCUCUGCUGGAUGAGCCCCCGCCAGAUCCAGGCCAUCCGGCCCUCGGAGUUCCGGCUGGCCGGGGCCCUGGAUACCUCCUCCUGCCCUCAGAGCCGGAAGAACCAGCUCUUCCUCAAGGCCCGAGAGGCCUUCGGCAGCACCAGGCCCACCGCCGCCUACUACGACUUCGUGCGCCCCUACCUCGGCGGUGCCCCCACAGAGGAGCUGCAGCGCCUGGCCCAGGCCAACGUCUCCAUGGACAUCCACACCUUCACCAACCUGAACCCCUGCGCGCUGCAGAACCUCAGUGUCAACAAUGUGAGAACACUGCUGGGCCAGAACGUGGGGGACCUGCAGAAGGCACGCAGCCACCCGACCAUCAGCUCCUGGCUCCGCAGCCUGAACAAGUCCCUGGACGAGCUGGGCCUGGACACGGACCCCGCCAGCCCCACCAGCCCCACCAGGACUCACAGCAACACGCCCUGGAUAUCCCAUCUGACUCCCCCAGGGGAAGGGCCUGGGAAGGACGCCCCCACCUCAGGUAGCCCACCAGCCCACCUGGGGUACCUGCUACUUGCUGUGGCCCUGCCCUCCAGCCUCCUGUGGCUGCUGUAUUGGGUGCCCUGGGGCCCUGUUGGGACUCACAAUGUCCUCUGAAGACAGCUGCUGUGCUGGUAGGUGGAGCCGGACGCCAGCCCAGGCGAAGGUGCCAGCCCCAGGCACAGAAAACCUCAAACUCGCCUAGGAGCCUGCCCACACCCGGCCCCCAGGAUCUGCAGCUGCACUGAGGGCCUGGGCAGAGCUGUGACUACGGGGUCACCGGCCCCUGCCCACUGCGGGAGACAUGCCCCACCCUCUGGUCUUCUUCAGGACAAAGAACUGGGGCUGGGAGCGGGCUCCAUGGCACGUACUCCGCGGGUUUUAUGUCUUUCUUCUUUUUGCUGAUUUUAGUAAAGGACAAGGUGGUCCUC